AUGCAGUACUCUAUGAUUAUUGCCAGUAUUCUCAGUGUCACGCUGGCCCAGAAAGUUGCAAUCGGUGCUCCCGCCAGAGGCGCUCAGGUUGAAGCUGGCUCGGAAGUCACCGUCCAGGUUCAGCGUCCCAAUACCCUGACCGGCUCGGCGGAAAUUGGCAUUGCUGUUGCCAUUGGAAGUAACAAUGCAAACCCGAAUGAGCAGCUGGGAAAUGUCCUUUACAAGGGUAUUUUUGAGCCGGAACUUCAUGAGCGAAAUCUGCCCGCCUACCAGAACGUCACAGUCACCGUCCCGGCUCAAAGCACCAAAGGCUAUGCUCGCAUCAAUGUUGCCCACGCGGGGCUCGUUGGGGCUGGCAACUCCCCAUUUUUGGAGACCGUCACCUGGCCUAUCACGAUUGUUUAG